CACAGCCAGGCGGACAGCAGGGAGGGAGCCUGGACCGGGAACAAUAGACAGGAACGGAUUCUGCCCUGAAAGAGGCAACAAACCGAAGAAAGCAGCCCGAGGAGAGGCUGAUGGAGGCGCACGAGCGCCCGGAGGACACGUGAGCAAGAAGGAGCACGAGCCCGCGGCUUGUUUCUUCCGUCCUUUGUCCUGAGGGUUUUACUGAACCGGAUUCUGGGAUGAACCCCGCGGAAGCGGCCGAGGAGGCGCCCAGCGACCCCGACACUGAUGCCUUCUACAAAACAGGCUCCUUCAGGACUGAGGGCAUAAAGGCCUCUGAUGUUCUGCCCAUGCUAAAGGAGAAAGUCGCCUUUGUGUCCGCGAGGACGUCUGCAAACGUGGCUUCACCGUCAUCAUCGACAUGCGCGGCUCGAAGUGGGAACUGAUCAAACCUCUGCUGAAAACGCUGCAGGAGUUCUUCCCAGCAGAGAUUUGUGUGGCGCUCAUCAUCAAACCAGAUAACUUCUGGCAGAAACAGAAGACAAACUUCGGCAGUGCAAAGUUUUCCUUUGAGACCAACAUGGUGUCAGUCGAAGGUCUAGCCAAACUGGUAGACCCUUCGCAGCUGACGGAGGACUUUGAAGGCUCUCUGGACUAUAACCAUGAGGAGUGGCUAGAGCUGAGGGUUUCUCUGGAAGAGUUCAUGUCCAGCGCAGUUCACCUGUUGUCCAGACUGGAGGACCUACAGGAGCUUUUGUCCAAGAAGGAGUUUCCUGCAGAUGUGGAAGGAUCUCGUCGGUUGAUAGAAGAACACACACAGUUGAAGAAAAAGGUACUGAAAGCACCAGUGGAGGAGCUCGACCGGGAAGGACAGAGGCUGCUGCAGUGCAUUCGAUCUAGUGAUGGGUUUUCAGGAAGGAACUGCAUCUCUGGUUCUGCUGAUUUCCAGAGCCUAGUGCCCAAGGUGGCCAGUCUUCUGGAUAAGCUCCACUCCACCAGGCAGCAUCUCCACCAGAUGUGGCACGUCAGGAAGCUGAAACUGGACCAGUGUUUUCAGCUCCGCCUGUUCGAACAGGACGCAGAGAAG